AUGUCUACGGCACGCACGAACACUGGGCUCAGGGGCAGUGUCAACUCGAGAACAGGCGAAACGAUCCAGCUACAAGCAGCUUUGCUGCAGCUCACCCAGGCUGGAGUCGGUAACCAGUCGCCAGAUGGGUCAAAGCCGGUACAGGCGAUGCCUUCGGACUGGCUUCGCGCAACAAUUGCGGUGCGCUGCAACAAGACACUUCGAGGUCAUACCGCUGUAUCGCUCCCUGUCCUGGAGGCAAUGGCAUGUCUACUCAAACACCAAAUCGCCCCCGUGUUUCUGCUCCGUGGUUCUGUCUUUGUGUCAGGCGAUCUUAUGCCUUUGUCAUAUAUCGUUGGUGCGAUUGAGGGAAAUCCGGACAUUCGAGUCGAGAUGGCGCAGAGUAGCGGACAGACUAUUCUCUGCGCCUAA